GCAGGCGUAGACUACUGUUUAAGCGGAAGUCUUCAGAAAAAAAAAAGGGAGAGAGAAAUUGUUUGACAUCCUCCUAGAAAUUUUACAUUUUUUAUUCACGUACUUUGUUAUACCACAUCACCGAACAAAGACAGCAGUUUUUGUAAUCCGAACAUGCCAAAGAAUAAAGGUAAAGGAGGUAAAAAUCGGCGGCGUGGUAAGAACGAGAACGAGUCCGAGAAGAGGGAGCUGGUUUUCAAGGAGGAUGGCCAGGAAUAUGCUCAGGUGAUAAAAAUGCUGGGAAAUGGACGGCUAGAAGCCAUGUGCUUUGAUGGGGUCAAGCGGCUCUGCCACAUUCGAGGAAAGCUCCGGAAAAAGGUUUGGAUCAACACAUCUGACAUAAUUCUUGUUGGUCUUAGAGAUUACCAGGAUACCAAAGCAGAUGUCAUUUUAAAGUACAAUGCAGAUGAGGCCCGCAGUCUUAAAGCCUAUGGAGAGCUUCCAGAACACGCUAAAAUCAAUGAAACUGACACAUUUGGACCUGGAGACGAUGAUGAGAUUCAGUUUGAUGAUAUUGGGAGUGACGAUGAGGACAUUGAUGACAUCUGAGUCACGACUGCUGGUGGGUUAUAUUGUUUACACUGAGAGGAGAGAAAACUUUCUUGUUGGGGAAAAAUUGCAGCUUGGGCAUAACUGAUGCCCAUAUCGUACUGCAACCUCCCUCAGAGAAACACUUGGAGGCUUACUGCUUAUCGAAAUCUGUUUCUCUCUCUCUCUCCGCUGCGCAAUCUCACUACAAGUCUUCUCCGAGCAUUCUGACCGUCACAGCAAUCGCGCCCUUUCUCAUUCAAUGACAACCACACAACACAGACUGCAUAGUUUUGUUAUAAAUUUAAAGUAUUUAUAUUGUAUUCCACUGUAUGUGGUGGAAUUUAAAAUCCAAAGAAAUCCAGAAUUUACAAUAAAAAGUCAAGCCUUUUAUCUGUUUGGACUGAAUUUUAUUUCUUGUAUAUAUGCUUUCUUUUUUCUGUAUUUUAUUUUCUCCAUUUACACUGUCACUUCAUGGCAUUUGCAUGUAUUUCUGCUGUGCCUGAAAUAAAAUAAAAAAUAUUUUUUUAUUUUA